AUGAACCUCACAACUCGUGCCCAGGCAAAGCGCCAGUCAAAGUCGCAAUCACCCAAACAAGACCCGAAGGCGAAAACGCCCAAAGCCCAGAAGGAAGACUCGCCACGCUCAUCCAGUGCAAGCCGCAAGAAGUCAUCUGAGAUUGCAGAUACCAAGGCAAAGAGGACCCGUACAGGUUGCCUGACGUGUCGUGAAAGACACUUGAAAUGUGAUGAGGCUUUGGGACGGUGCUUGAAUUGCCGCAAAUCGGACAGAAUAUGCCGUCGCGGCGUUCGGUUGAAUUUUAUUGACAUCCAGACUGUUGAACCGCCUCAUAUUAUCGCGCGUGCAAAUGGCGCAAAACUAACGUUUCGUGACGACUCGCGCAUCAUCGCUUCUGAGUAUGUCGGAGGUUUUGAGAAAUAUCCGCCGCCACAACCAGACAGUCCCAUUCAAGAAAGGCGACAAGUCCAGCAGGAAGCUUUGAAUCUGAUGGGGCCCGAUCAGCUGGCGAGUCUCUUUCAAUCGGUCGCUCAUUCUUUUGAUCCUGGCUUCGAUAUUUCUCAUUCAGCGACAACGGACUUUCUCUUCGGGUCUGAUACCUGGCACGAUGCCCAUCUUGUACCCGGUGAUGAGCUUCUUCCUCAUGGGACUUCACAUUUUGCUCAAAAACUGUCGAUGAAACAGUAUAGCGUUGCAUAUUUGACAGACCCAGAGCAAAUUUCUCUUUUGCAGUUGUUCGUGGAAGAAGUCGGUCCCUGGAUAGACUCGAUGGAUUCAAUGAGACAUUUUACACAAAUUUUACCGUUGCAUGCUAUUGACGAGCCCUUAUUACUCAAAGCGCUUGUGGCUUGUGGCGCUCGGCAUGCAUCUCUUGCUGACCCCUCUUAUGGUGAGGAAAAGGUCUCCCAUUACUAUGAUGCAGCCAAUCAGGGCCUUCUGCAUUCCCUUCAAGAUCCCGAUCGUGACUCGGUACUAUGUGCAACGGUUGCGCUACUUCUCAGUAUUUAUGAGAUGAUGUCGUCGCAACCACUCACAAAACAUACUUCCGGAUCGAGGGCCUUGGUUCGCGAAUGCGGAUGGACGGCGAAAACACCCAGUCUGGGCGGAUCUUGUUUCUGGGUCAGCGUUAGCAUGGAGGUCUUACAUUGUCUAAAUUAUACGUGUCCGUUGUCUUGGAACCCUGAUACAUGGGGAGUUGACAUGCACAUGGACCAAGUACAGCCAUUUUGGAAAGGUGAUGAUCAAUGGCUCCACCGGAUCAUUUAUAUCUGUGCAAAAAUCGUUAACUUUCGAGUUUCGACGCAAUAUUUACAAACCUUGAAUGAUCCGUCCUCCCAAAAUACUCAAAUCCACAAUGCAGUACAGGAAUGGAACCACUACAAUGCCUGGUGUGAGCAGUGGAUCAAUUCUACACCACGUUCAAUGAAGCCAAUCAGCAGCCUACAGCCAUGGCAGACCGAAUCUGCAUCGACAUUCCCGAAGAUUUGGCUCCUUAAGCGACCGGCCACUAUUUCUCAAUAUUUCUACCACGUGGCUUGCAUUGUUUUGGCUAGGGCCCAUCCCUUGUCAUCAUCACUACAUCUGGAAAUGAAUAAAAUGCAGCAAGUUCAUGCAUACAACGUAUGCGGCCUUGCUGCUAAUCUCAAAGACCGAAGCUUGUCGAAUAUAUCGAUUCAAUGUCUAACCAUUGCUGCAGAAUCACUGGAUGCUCGGAAUUCUCAGGAAGAGGUCUUGAACAUACUGGACUUAGUUACCAAAGACACUCACUGGCAUUCCGAACCAAUCAAAGAAAGAUUGAAAGGCAAAUGGGGCUGGUCACAUCCGGAGACUGUAGACCCUGCACAUAUGCACAACAGCUUCUAUGAUCUGGACCCCGCGCUACCGAUUCACGGGGGCGCUGGCAUUUCAUCGGGAAUCACGAAUCCGCUCUUAGAUUCAGGGGAUUUCUCAAUGGAGAACCACCCAUACCAGGGAUACUAUGUUGCUCCGCACCAUCGAGUCCCGGACCAUUAUAAUUAUGGAUCUUAUCUUGUUUGA